AGAUUCUGCGCAUGCGCCACGGCUGUUUCGCGCAGGAACAGGUUCUGCGCUACCGUUGUUCUGCGCAGGAACAGUUUCUGCGCAUGCGCUAUAGUUGUUCCGCGCAGGAACAGAUUCUGCGCAUGCGCUAGAGUUGUUCUGCGCAACCCAGAGGUCAUAAUGAAUUUUGCACCUCUUAGUUUGUUCAUUUACCGGCAGGAGGCGGUUCUCUUGUUCAUUAGAAGCAAAUCCUGCAAAAUUUGGAACGAAAAUUGCCAAAGAGAACCCAAUGUUCCGAAGAAUCUCUAGAUGGUUCCAAGAAUCUCGGUUCCCGGUAGAAUUAAAAAUAAGAACAGAUGGUUCCAUCGGUUCCCGGAACUUCAGGAACCACUCUGCGCAGCACUUAAUACUUUCUGGCGUAUGAGCGCCAUCUAGGUAAAAAUCUACAGACUUGGUCUUCAAAAUUUGAGUCCUUCCGGGCCACCUGCAGGAUUUAAGAGCCUGUUCCACUGUCCCAACCUCAAAAUAACCAAUUGUUCCUCUCCGAUUGUCCAUCCAGGUUCUUGCCAACUCGAUCGCCAGCGCUGCGUUCGCCUGCUGAACAUCAGAAGAGAUUCCCAGAACCGGCAAAACCUUGAAGACACUCGAGGUUCCUGGAACGAAAGUCAGCGGACAACAGAUGGCGCUGGCUCUGGUUCUGAGAACCUCAGCUGCUUCCGCGGGCUGAGCGACUGAAAAUGCAGGUUAGUAAAAACACUGACCUGAAAGCAAUGGCGGACGUUCCGAUAAUCGACCUGGGUGGCAUGUCCAGGAAAAUGUCCUACGGGUUCAACAACCCGUUCAACGGCGUCGAGGGUAAGACGCCCUUCCUGAUCGGCGUCUCAGGAGGAACUGCCAGUGGAAAGUCCACCGUCUGCAAGAGGAUCAUGGAGAAGCUCGGCCAGGUCGACAUGGACCACACCGAGCGGCAGGUCGUUUGCAUAUCCCAGGACUGCUUCUACCGCGACUUGACACCUGCGGAGAAACUCAGGGCUGAAAAAGGACAGUUUAAUUUUGAUCAUCCUGACGCUUUUGAUAAUGAUCUUAUUUUGUCGACGCUGCAGGAUAUUCUUGCUGGGGUCAAGUGCGAAGUUGCUACUUAUGAUUAUCGGACCAAUAGUUUGCUAAGGGAUCAAACAACGACUAUUUAUCCAGCUGAUGUAGUCCUCUUUGAAGGGAUCCUAGUGUUUUAUUUUCACAAGAUAAGGGAUUUGUUUCAUAUGAAACUCUUUGUUGAUACUGAUUCUGAUACAAGGUUGGCGAGACGAGCCUUUGAGGAGUUCUGCCUGCCGACUAAAAAAUUCGCAGAUGUGAUUAUCCCUCGUGGCGCCGAUAAUACAGUGGCGAUAGACCUUAUCGUGCACCACAUCUGGGAUAUUUUGCAUUCGAAAAAAAUGAAUGGAGCUGAAAUGCCACCAGUGCCCGGGCAGCAUCCAUACCUUCACCUGGCGAUAGAUCUGAUAGUCCAGCACAUCCGCGAUCUGCUGGUAGAGCGAGCCUCCAGUGGAAGAGUCGUCGUAGAACCAGAGAGCCCGGUAGCGAGCCACUCCGAGGGACUUUUGAAACGUCCCCACUGA